CCACCUUGUCUAUGUGUGGGUGCUGGUGUGUUUGUGUGCAAAACAGAGCAAAAACAAUUGCGCGACAAGAAAUCCAAAUAUCGUUUAAUAUUACAUAGCUUCAGUUAAGUAAACGUCUUUCAGCUAACAACAAGUCGACAGCGGUGUCCUGCGAAUAUCGAAAAGGCUAGAACAGAGACUUUAGCAAUACAGAGAGGAUCUCAGCCCCUCCCACACAAGCACCAUGAUGAGCCUGCUCGGGCGCCCGGACGUGGAUGCGGGCGAAGUGUUCGUCAAUUUCAACCAGAACAUAACUUCGCUGGCCGUGGCCACUAGUGGCGGCUACAGCCUGUACAGCCUUGGUUCCGUGGACUCGACGCUGGACAAGAUCUACCACACGAAGAGCGACGAGUUGUUCCUCAUCGAACGCCUGUUCGAGAGCUCUCUGGUGGCCAUAGUUUCCCAGCGAGCUCCUCGUAAGCUUAAGGUGUGCCACUUCAAGAAACAGAGCGAGAUCUGCAACUACUCCUAUGCGAACACAAUUCUGGCAGUGAAGCUCAAUCGCGAGCGUCUGAUUGUCUGCCUGGAGGAGUCGCUGUACAUCCACAACAUCCAGGACAUGAAGGUGGUGCACACCAUCCGCGACACGCCUUGCAAUCCACAGGGCUUGUGCGCCCUCUCCUCGUCCUCAGAGCACUGCUAUCUGGCCUAUCCGGGCAGCGUGACCGCCGGCGAAGUGCAGAUCUUCGAUGCCAUUAACUUGCACGCCAAGACCAUGAUUCCCGCCCACGACACACCGCUGGCGGCUUUGGCCUUCAGUCCCUCGGGCACGGAGAUCGCUACGGCCAGCGAGCGUGGCACGGUGAUCCGGGUCUUCAGUUCCCAGGAUGGUAGUCGGCUUUUUGAACUGCGACGGGGACUCAAGCGCUGUGUGUCCAUCGUUUCGCUGUCGUUCAGCACGUGCGCCGAGUAUCUGGUUUCCAGCUCCAACACGGAGACGGUGCACAUCUUCCGGCUUGAUCGCAGUGCCACAGAGACGGCCGAGGGUCAUGGUGGAAAGCAGUCGAGUGACGACUGGAUGGGUUACUCGUUUUUUAGAUUCUUGAGCAAAACGGUCACCAGCUACCUGCCCACGCAGGUGACCGACGUGUUUAGCCAGGGCCGGGCCUUCGCCUCGGUAUCUUUGCCGGAGGCAGGAGUUCGAAGGAUGUGCGCCAUUACCACGAUACAGAAGCAGCUAAGACUGCUGAUUGCCUCGCAGGAUGGGUACCUGUACGUGUACUCCAUUCCCACCGUCGAGGGUGCAGAGUGCCAGCUGAUAAAGAGGCACGACCUGCGGCUGGAGGACCACUACGCCAUGGAUAUCAAAGUUGAUUCACCUCAAACUCUAGGCCUGAACAGUGGCGUGAGCAUCGGCGGAGCAGCCGGCGUUCCGCCCGGUGGUACAGGCGGUGCUGGCGCCGGCGGGAGUGGUGGUGAUGGCAAGUCGGCGGCUCCUGUUGUCGGUGGCGGUGGCGACAAACCGGGCGGCUCAUAUGCGUCGGCAGUGAAGGGGGACGAGCCAGCCGGACCCUCCUCCUCCUCCGCUUAGAUAAGGAUAAUGUUCAUGAACAAGAAACGCAGAGAUGGUAAACGAAACUCACUCCUCAAAGUACUAAGGACGAUGAUGCUAAAGUGAUUGCGAUGAUGCUUGGCGACUGGCGACGGCGGCGAUGAUGAUAAUGAUUUAGCGACGGUGGCUCUGUGGCGUCAAGCGUAUUUAAGUAAAUAAAUAGGUCAUAGACUUAAUUUAGCUCUUAACGUUGUCAGCGACGAUUCUUCCUCGUUUUGUACCAGCAACAAAUCCUUUCUACCGCCUCUCCCUACCCAAGCAAUUUUUAUAGUUUUAAGCCUCGUUCCUGGCGCUGCCAUUGGAAUAGGAAAUGCUUUUGUCAUACACUUCUAAGUUAGUUGUUAAUUAAUAAUUUAAAACGAUUUAUAGAUUUGCUUUGAUAUUUCAGUUGCCCGCUUUUUAUAUAAAAUAAACGGUCUUUGCAAAUUA